CCCUCGAGGUUUACGCCGCAUCGCCUCGGAAACCCGAACCGAAACGGCGUUCAACACCGCCCGCCUCCCAUCCUCCCUCUUCUGGCCCUUCUUCGCCGGCGAUGGAGGACAUGGAUUGGGACGUAUCCGCCUUUUCCGGCGUCAAGGCCGAGGAGGACGGUCCCCGCCUCUACUGCGACUCCUGCGGCAGCACCGACUUCGCCAGCGGCGACGAUGGCUUUUACUACUGUCAGAUGUGCGGCUACCAGAGCAAGGACGUCGUCGACACUGGAUUUGCUAUGGAGGACAUCUUGGGCGACAACCAUGGAUCCGGUGCGCUCUACAACCUCUGCCGCAGCCGCGCCCGGACCCAGUCGCAGACCCCUACCCCCGCGGUCCGCAAAGAUGACAUCCUUCGCUCACUCGCCAAUUCGCACGCCUCCGGGAGAAACCCUAAGGAGGAACAGAAGGGGACUCCGUACGGCUUCGAGGAAGAGACAUCAGCGCUUAGGGAUUUCCCAACGGGCCCGUGCUCGAACGCGGACGCGCUCGCAAGCGGGAUCCGGAUGCGAUACAUACAGGGGUUACAGGUGAUCCUUCAGCUUCAGUGCGAAGCGCUCGUAGAGAAGUUCGGCGUGAGCCCCAUAAUUUGCGGUCUCGCAGGGACUAUCUGGUUGCGCUAUGUGGCCUCAUCUGCAGUGUUCGAUGAAGGUUGGGCACGGAAGACGAUUGAGGUGUCCGAGGCUGCUUUUGCCCAAGCACACCCUGGAAGACCAGAAGAGAAGAAAACUGUGAAGCGCGAUAGAACUAAAUGCAUAGAUCCACGGAAUGCAUAUGGACAGAAAGCUGUAUAUAUUUGGCUUCGUGCAUUGAGGAAGACAGUACCUGUAUAUUCUUCACUGUCUAUUUCGUUUUUGGUUUGCCAUAUUGCACGAGAAGCAAUUCUGCCGACUGAUAUUCACAGAUGGGCAGCAGAGGCAAAACUUCCAUAUCUCGCAGCACAUAUGUUGCUUGAUAAAUACCUCGGAAAUCCUCAAAGUUCUUGUCCAUUGAGUUCAAGGCUCAUGUUCCGACCUGUCCGACUUCUUGGAGCUUGGCAGAUGGAAAGCAUAGCCGGUUCUAUUGCCCAAACAAUUGGACUACACCUCCCCUCUGUGAAUUUCUAUGCUCUUGCAUCUCGGUAUCUGAAAGAUCUCUCCCUUCCAAUUGAGAGUAUACUUCCACACGCAUGCCGUCUUUAUGAGUGGUCGAUCUCUCCAGAUCUUUGGUUGUCUUCUAAUGUUUCUAAGUUACCAACUCGUGUUUGUGUUAUGGCAAUUUUAAUUGUCACAAUACGAAUGCUGUAUAACAUACACGGCCAAGGAUUCUGGGAAAAGACUUUGUCAGAUGUAAGAGAUGCUCCAAGCAAUCAAACUCCCAUUCAUGAUUGCUUCAGUCAGAGUUCUGAUGCUAAAGAAUGUGGUUCGACAGAAGUUUCUUCCGAAGUUAACCAUUUGCCAUACAUAAAAAAUUCAUAUUUCAAUGUCAAUGAGCUGCUGGACGUUCUUCAAGCUACUUAUGAUAGGGUCAGAAAUGUGCACGACUAUUCAAAAGACUUCAAAUCCUUUCUCAAGUACUCCGGUAAUGUUAUUUUGGCCGGAAUGACAAACUCAUAUGACGAAGAAACGCUAAUAGAAAGACUGUGGGAAAUAUAUGAGAAGGAAGAGGAUGAUACUCAUAAGGAUGAAAAAGUUGACUUUCUUGCAUCAAAUGGUAAGAGACAGAGAGACGAAGUACCUGCUACUUCAUUCUUUGACUUGAAGAAGCCAAAAGAACAAAACAAUUCCAUCCAACAUGCAAGCAGAGAGGGAGUCCAUGAAGAUUAUGUUGGUACAGCCGAUCAAAAUGGCAUCCCAUGUAACUCUGCUGCCCCAAUCCAGAAACCUGAAGUUAGUAAUUCAUCAUUGAAACCCUUGAGAAAUGUUGCAGUCGAAAGAAUGAAAAUAAUCAUGGAGGAACAUGGGUUUCAUUACCUUCCACCAAGAGUUCGGCUUAGGGCAGAUGGUUAUCUUAGCUACCGUAGAAAGAAAAUAGAUAGCAAACUUACUUUUGCUGCACAUGCUGAUUAUUACAUAUUACUAAGGGCUUGUGCAAAGAUUGCUGAGGCUGACAUCAAGCUAAUGCAUCUUGGUGUACAGAAAUUUGAGAGAAGGCUUGCUUGGCUCGAACAACGAAUUGAUAUGAGCUUGAAUGGACUAGCUGAUCUUUUGCAUAAGAUGCAUGAUGAAUAAUGCUUACACCGAAAACUAGAGUUUGUAUUUUUUUUUUGGAUACUAAUCACCCCAAGCGUAUCUGUCCUCAGAUUAUGUAAAAAGAGGUAAAUUAUAGGAUUAAUUUAUAACUAACAGUCAAGUGGUUAGGGGUGGAAACUUCAUGAAACUUCU